AUGCUAACAUACCCGGCUCUUGUAGAAAUAUUGCAUGUGAUAUGCCUGUCGAACACACUUACUACAAUACAACAGAGAACUUAUAACAGAAAUCGCCAGAACAGAUUCGACAACUAUGUGUAUGCGGACAUUCCAAAUACUCCUACACCGUCCUAUACAAAUAGUCCGCUAUAUUAUGACUAUGUCAAUCCCAUAGGUAUGUUAUUUAAAGCCAGUAAUAUAUCUAUAUAGGUACCUAGUUAUAAAUAGUUAUAGAGUUACAAGAAUGAGUACUUCACUUUGUAUCUUUCAUUUUACUUUUCUGUUCAUUGGCUACAACAUUUUAAUGUAACACAUUCCAUCAAAAUUAUCCUUAUUCAAAUAUAAAUAAUAAUAAUAGAGUUAUUAAAACAAAAUUUACUUAUACAAGUAGAAUAAACAAAUUAAGUAUUUUAAAAAAACUAAAUUACAUGUUCAUCUUACGAUCAAUUGUUGAAAGCCUAAUUUUAAAUUUACCUACAUACUUAAUACUUACAUUGUAUACAAAAAAUAAAUGAGCAAUGUGCUGUUACUUAUGUAGAAACACAUUUUUUAAAAUUGCCUGUUGAUGGCUUAGUCAAAACUAGUAGUUUCCUUAUUUAUUAUUUUGUUGUACUUUGGUAUUGAAUAUUUAAUAGUUCUAUAAUUUCAUUAUAAUAUAUUAAUCAAGUAUAAAAUUUAUCAUUAUUAUAUGUUAAGAUAAGUCAAAGUUAAAUUAGUGGAAUUCAAUCUAGAUUUAUGAAGAAUAAUUUUAUUUGGUAAAUUUGUAGUUGUUUACUAUAAUUUGAUUAGUAGGGAACUAGCUUUUAUGUAAAUUCAUACUUUUAUUUGAAUAAAAGACAGUUAACAUCUACAUACAUUUGUACAAUUAUAUGAUUCCUAAAAAACAACAUAUAUUUUAUUUUAUAUAUUUUUAAUUUUUAAAUUUAUUUGUGCAUACCUAGGUACUUUUGUUUUAAACUUUUAUUUUCACAUAUUCUUAUUUUCAGUUGUACAAAGUUGUCAAAUUAAAUGUAUAGAAAAAAAAACUUUUACAUUGUACCAUAUUGGACAAAAAUUACAUGUAUUCAAGCAUACAAUUAAUCAAAUAUUUUAAUGGUUUUAUGUUCUCUAUUGAUUAGAAUAAGUAUAACUAGAUAUUACAAAACCAUAUUAAAUAUACUUCUUAAGGUUUUAAAUUUAUAAUUUUUUUUAAAUAUUAAAUUCUUACUUUUUAACUAUGUUCAAUAAACAUCUGUGAUCAGUAUUUAUUUUAAAAUACCUAAUAUUUAAUAUUAUCCACUUUCUUUAUAGUUUUUUCAAGGUUGAUUUAAACAUUUCUAGUUUAAUAAUUGAAUAUAUAGUGACGGAUCAGGAUUUAUGUAUUGAUUAUUAUUAGUAGUAUUAAAACAACAUGUUUAGAUUAAGUAAUUAAAAAUUUUCUUUAUCAUAUCAAUUAUUUACCAAAGAUUAACAUUUAUUUUUAUUAGAUAAGUAUAACAUUAAAUAAAUCAUAAUUAUGAUUCUUGGCCAAAAUAUUAACUGUAUUGAUAUAACAUAAAUUACAUUGUGUAAGUUUAAAUUUGAAAGUCCACUUAUGUAUUGUUUAUUGAUUAAAACUGAAUGUAGAACCAUAUUCUAAAAUCAAAUUCACAUUUUCCUUCUAGGAGAACCUGUUUAGAUCUUUCACAUUAAAAAUACUUUUUUUUUUAAAUAUUAUUAUUGUUAUAUUUUAUUUUAUGACUUGACAUCUAAAGACAUCCUGGGGAUAUCUGGAUUUUGUAUUUAUAUAUUGUAUCAGCUGACCCACUUUCUUGUAUUGUGUCUGGAUGUUGGGUCUGGUUUGAUAUAGAAUAAAUGGUACUUUCUUGUUAUACAAAACUAUGACUAUGGCAACUACCACCCAAGACUACUUUUGUUAUCAUGACUACCAUUUCUAGUGUUGCAAUAAAUAAUGAAUCAUGUUAAAAAACAGUAGUCUCGUCUAACAUUAAAGUACUAAAUAAAUUGUACAUAAUUUAGUAAAAUCAAAACUUGGUAACAUAAAGUGUACUCAAGUACCUACCUACUAGUAUUUUAAGUAAUACUAUAAAGUACUUAUAUUAAUAGUAUGUAGGCUAAUAAAUCUAUUGGAUUUAUCUACAUCAGGCGCUAGUCAAAGAAUUUAAUUUUGAAUGGAUACAUUAAAUAUAUAUUGGUACUAUAAAAAAUAUAUUUGUGUCAUAUUUCAAUUUUUUUUUUUUUAGUGUAGACUAUUAAUAUUUUAAAAUGUAUUAACUUUUAUCUUAUUUUAAAUUUAUUUUGUUUCCAUAACUUAUAUUAAUAACUAUGGUUAAAGAUUUACUAAAGAUAACUUAUAUGGUUUAAGUAUCAGCAUAAAUAUCACACAAUAAUUAUUAAUUAAACCACCAAUUGAUCUACUGCUGGCACCACUUUACUAUAAAUCUUAAACAAGUCUAGAAUCAAUCAUGUUUACAUACAUUUUAUACUUACCAUGAAAUGUUUUAUUAUUAAUAAAUUAUAAUUUUAAUUGUAGAAAAGUGUUAACUUAAAGAACAGAUUUUCUUAUUUACUAUAUUCGUCUGUUGGACAUCCAUCCUCUGGGUAUUCCAGUAUUUGUAAAAGCAGCAAGCUUUGAAACCCAUGUAAGAUUCUUUGGUAACACUGCCUCACGCUUACCAGCAUAUUUGGUAAGUGCCUGUAUAAUUUAUCAAAGAUUUCCUAUAAGAUAAAAUUGUUCUAUUUAUUUUUGUAUUACUUGUAGUCUCCAGGAAUAUACAAACCCACCCAUCAACCAAUUAAUACUCCUAAAUUACCAACUAUGUUGUACUCCUCACACAGCUUUCCUCAAAUUAGGACUACUUGUAAACAGAAUGAAGAAGUCCAUUCUUUGUCAGAUAUUUUGGAAGCAUCUUUGAAUACCACAAAGGAAAUAAAGGAAUUCAAACCUAAACUUUCAGAUUGUAAGUGUACCAAUCAUACAAAACACUACUAUUAGACAUGAAAAGUUGUAUUAAGUAGUAACUACUAUAAUUGGUUAAUAUUAUUAUUUAUUUUUAGAUAGAUGUACUUUAUGUGGUAAAAUAUCUCUGACAAAAGAACUAACUUACACAGACCAAGAUACAGUGUAUCACACAGACUAUUUGAUUUGCACUCAUUGUGGGAUAUUAUUGAGAGGAAAAUUGUUAUUCUUUAUUAGUGACAUGCCAUACUGCGAUAAAGAUUAUUUGGUAGGUUAAUUAAAACCAAACUCAAAAUAUAAUUUAAUAUUAUAUUAAAACUAAUAUGAAUAGUUAAUUCAAUUUUUUUUUUUUGAAAUUUAUCUAAGCUGAUAUUCUAUUUUAUUAAAUUAAACAAAUAAAGUACCUAAUGAAACUAAUUAAAAAAAAUUAAGAAAUUAAAAUAUGUUUAUACAAAAUACUGGAUACAUUGAACUUGCUAAUAUUAGAUAGAUUAUUUAAUAAAAUAUUAAAAGUAUGUGUUUAUUUAGAUGCUUUUUUUUUUUUUAGUUUUAAAGUAUAUUACAGUAAGAGUAACCUGUAAUGUAUAUAUGAUGCAUAUUUUCAGCAUAUUUUAAUUUAAAGCACUGUAAGUAAAUUAAAAAUUACUAUUCUAUUUACACAAGGUAAAUAAGUCAUUUUAACCUUGAUAUAAAAGUAUUUAGCUCUGUUAUGACUUAUGAAUUUAAAAAAAAUAUUUGUUAAUUUGUUGGUUUCAAAAUGUUAAUUAUGUUUAUUAAAGUGGUUCUUAUUUGGGUGAUAGCAGCCUUUUUGUUUUGACACUUCCUAACUUAAUUCUAAAAAAAUAAAUAUUUAACCCUAUUUGAGUUUCAUAGGACAUUUUUUAAGUCCCCUUGUAACCAAGUAAAGUUUCUUAUUUAAAAUACAUGUUUUUUUUUUGUUUAUUCAGAAUUUUGUUUACAUUAAAAUGUAUAAAAUAAUUAAAAUGUGUUGGGCAUUCCAUGUCAUUUUCUUACUGACAAUUAUUCAUUUUUUCUUAAUUUUCUAAAAUGCUGGUAAUAUAUCUAGAAAAUUAAUGAUUUAUAUGAUCUUUUAAAAUCAAUUGAAUAUUGAAUAUAAGUUAUUCUAAAUCAACUAAUAAGUAUUCAUUAAAAUAAUACAUAUAAAUGCAUUGGCUAUACUCACUUAUUUGUAUAGAACAUCAAUACACAUGGAUUAUCUUGAGGACACUUCAGUCCAUUUUAUUAGUUGAUAAACAGUAACUUAUAUUAGAUGAUCAUACUAUUUUCAAAGAUAUCAUACACUAACAAAGUUACCGUAAUGUUUAUUUUAUGUACUCAGGAAAGUUUACAUAGUUAUGCAAUUUGUGAUGUAUCAAUUUUGUUCAAAAUCCUAAAAGCGACAGGACAUGCAUUCCAUGCUAGUUGUUUCCACUGUGUAAUUUGCUUACAAAUUUUGAAUGGUAUACCUUUCACUGUGGACACAAAAAAUCAAAUUUAUUGUAUCAGUGAUUAUCUCAAGUGAGUAGUCUUAAAGAAAAAUUAAAAUAAAAUAAACAACUAGAUACUUAUCUCUGUGGGAUAUGUAUAUUUGUAUACAAUAAAAAUAAAAUAAAAUACAAGUUUUUUAAAUAUGGUUUGGUUCAAAUUUGUGAAUGAUAAAUUAAUAUAGUUUCCUUAUAUUAUAAUUAAAAACAAAUUUUUAUAAAUUUAUUGCAAAUUAUUUUUGGUGACAUUUAAACAAUUUUGAGCAAGAAACAAAUUUGUUUUAUACUUCACUGAUGUCAUGUCAAAAAUGUAUUGUUGCUAUUUUUACAUAUUUAGGACUUGUAAAGUUAUUUUGUUAAUUUUUGGGUGCAGUUAAUCCUGUUAUUUGAAAAUCAAAGUUAAAUAGUAAAAAAGCUUUAUAGGUCCUAAAUACAAAAAUUUAGCUAUAAAACUAUUUAACUUUGAUUUUAAAGUAAGAUUAAUGCAUCUGAAAAGAAAAAACAGUUAUAUUGGGUUGAUAUGAUCUUAUCAGAAAAUUUCAUAAGUUUCUAUUAAUAAUUUUAGAUUCUGAGUGGAGGGAAGAAGCUUAUGGUUUUACAAAGAUAUUUUUUUUUCUGUGUACUGCCUUUUGGUAGUACCAUAAAUCUUGUCUAGAUUUUUAAGUCGCACUUUUUCUGAAAGGAAAUCUGACUGAGAAGGUACUUUAAAGAGAUAAUUUUCCGAUUUUCUCAGGGGUUUUCCCAUUAAAUUGGAUACUGGAUGAAAAAUAGGAAAAUGUAUAUAAUGUAGGUGUGUUAGUUGUUUAAUAUUACAGCCUUUAUUUUUCUUUUCGACAAUUUUUUAUUAGCAAUUUUGCUACGAUUUACAAUGAUAUCACUUUUUCUAAAAGAAAAUCUGCCUGCAGUGAUACUUUAAAGAGGUCAUAUUUUGAUUUUCCCAAGAGUUAUCACAAAAAUUGGAAAACCGGCAAAAUAGAUACAAUAUUUAACUAAUAUUGUUGAAGUAAUUAUAUAAUGUCUAUUAAUGUCUAUGUUAUUAUUUUACCAUAAUAUGGCAUAUAUAUUGUGGACAAUGUAACACUAUCAUAACUCAUAAUCGUUUUUCAUUAGAAAUGAUUUAUUGUUGAUUUCAGAUAUAGAUUAAAUUUCUCUUCUACUACCUUCCCACUACUCACCUACAACAGUAGCUGCACCCAUGUGGGAAGUUGGCUUUUUGUUAUUUUAAAAUUAUAUCAGUUACAUUCUAUUGCAUGAUUAUCCUUUUUGAUUUCAAAAAACUUAAUUAGAACAUUUUACUUAGCAUAUUUUUCAAAUUGUAGUGUUAUUUAUAGUGCUUAUUUUGGUGAUUUUAAGUGCAUAUUAAAGUGAUAAAAAUUAACUAUUUUAGUUCUAUUACAUAUAAGCCCUUAUACAGAGUGUAACAUGACAGUUAAGUUUUUAACACCUAUUUAAGACAAAUGUAAUACAUUUUGGCACUAUAAAUUAAAUAUAUUUUUGUUAAAGUUUAAUUUUGAAGAAUUUAAUAUUUUAAAAAAGUAUCAAGGUAGCCAUUUUAUAAGUUUAAAUUUUGGAAACAUUUUGGUGUCCAAAAACUUUUACUGAGGCUGAGUCAAUUAUUUUUAAACAAUUUAAUGCAUUUUGUGGAAUGUGAUAUUUUUUUGAAUACUUAAACUUUCAAAUAGUCAAUUUUAUUUUUCCAUAAAAUAUUGUACAAUUUGAUAAUAUUCUUAUCAUUUAAGUUGUGAGUCUGAUAAUUUCUUAUUAUUUAUCCUUAGGCAACAAACAUACUUCAGACUGGUGAGCAUCAAGUUUGUUAAUCAAAAAUCAAAUAUGAUUUAGUAUAAAUUUACCGCCCAUAUGGUAAUUGGGAAUGUUACUAUGUUACCAUUCAGUGACUCUUAUCAGCAUUCUUUAUUCAUAAUCCAUUUUAAUAUAACAAUAGUUGAUAUACCUAGAACAUUUUUCUGUAUCUGGUUUUCAAUUUUUAAUUAUUUUAAAAACUUAAAUAAUUUUAAUCAUCAAUUAUUGAACGUGAAUAUACAUGAUAAUUGUGAGACUUUAAUUUCUGAGGUUCACAAAUGGUCCAUUUUGUGAAAGAAAACCAUGAAGAAUCAUAAAAACAUCUCAAUGAUUAAUUCUUUUAUAUUACUAUAUUUUCUUUCAUUUGUAUUAAAAAGAAAUAAGUUUUUAAUGUUAUCGAGAGACAUUUUUAAGUAGGGAAAAUUGGUAAAAGUGAUAACAAACUUAUCACAGGAUAGUAAACAAAAUAUAGUAUAGUCACAUUUUAGCUGAGCACUUAUUGCUUUACCCCUCACUGCUCUAAAGAAUGUUGGGCCUUAGUUAAAUAUAAUUUAUCAUUAGUAAAAUUAGCAAGAAAUUAAUUAGAUUUUAAAAAACUUUAAAAAUGUAUAAAAAUGUAUGAGAGUGACCUAAAUGAUAUAUUUAAAUAUCAACAAUCAUUUUAUAUUUUAAUUUAUAAAAUGGUUAUCUUGGAUUGUGAAAAAAAUGAAAAUUUUUUAUUUUUAGUUAUAAAAUAAUAAAAUAAAAUAUAAGAUUUACAAAUUAUAGUAUAGAGCUCUAAUAAUUAUUAAAAAAAAAAACUUAAAAAUAUUAAAUAAAAAAGUUAUUUAAUUGUAAAAAAGCAGUAUAUAUGUAUACCAAAAGAUUAAAUUCAACCAUUUCAUCAAUUUGUUAUUGCUAUUAUUUAUUGCAAAGUUAUUAUAAUUACAAAUUAUGUUUUUAAUUUUAAUCAUAGUUGAAAAUAUAUUAAUGUAAAAAAAUAUAAACAUAUUUAUGUUUAUUUUAUAGAAAAUUUGCACCACAGUGUGGUAUAUGCAAGUUGCCAAUUGUUCCUAAGUCUGGUGAAGGGAAAAUAAUAAGAUAUGUUGCAUUGAAUCAAAGCUUUUACAUUGGUUGUUACAGAUGUGAAGUCAGUAAAUAUUUGAAUAAUUGUUAUGAAUAACAUAAGUUAUUAUGCUAAUGCAAUUUGAUAUUAAAUAAAUUUACAAAACAAUUUUGUUCUAGGAUUGUGGCGGUUCCUUAGGAAAGAAUUCUGAAGGAAUAGCAUGUUAUCCAUUAUAUAAACACUUGUGCAAAAGUUGCAAUGCUAUAAGAAUUCAAAUUUUAACCCCUAUGAUUACCUAA